CCGAAACAUAAGGCGUGCGAGUACUUGCAGCCGCACGUCGCCAGCAUGUCACCGAGUCCACGUCGUCUGCCACGACGCCUCUUUCUUUUGUGAAUUGAUGUACAAUCGUGGUACCCCUCGGUACUCCGCAACCCAUCUCGUCCGUCAUGGCUUCAUCGCGCGAACGUGACAGCUUCGACGACAGCUCUCCCACCACGCCACUCCUCCCACGAUCGCCGACUUCACCCUCUUUCUCUGCCCCAAAGCACCAGAAGCCAUGGAUCCUCGUCGCCGUAAUUGGCGCCCUCGCUAUCUUCAUCGUGGACCUUGGGAACUUCUUGCUGAAUCCCGCGCGAACUCGCCUCUACGAGUCCUCCAUCUGCCUUCGAUUCUACCAAGAUACCGAUCCGAGUCAAAUCCGUAAUGGGACUAUACAAGAGCGAUUGUGUAAGAUAAAUGAGGUGCAGGACACCGUGGCGAUGGUGUUUGGAUGGCAGGAUCUGUUCGACGCGAUACCCGGCAUACUUCUUGCGGUCCCGUAUGGCGCAUUAGCAGACAAAUAUGGGAGGAAGUGGAUACUUGUUCUUGGAUUUCUGGGAUUGGAAUUAUCUAUGCUGUGGAUAAUGCUCAUUUGCUACCUAGACCUCCAAUUGAAGCUCACCUGGUUCUCCUCUAUCUUCUUGAUGAUUGGCGGAGGGUCUACAGUAGCCAUUGCAACGGUCUUCACCAUGUUGUCUGAUGUGGUCCCCCCGGAAAGACGGACAACUAUCUUUUUCUACGUUGGAGCCACAUUACUGGUUUCUGAAGUCAUUGCUCCAGCAAUAGGCUUUUGGCUCAUGAAGUAUGGGGAUUGGUUGACUUUCUGCGUAGGCGCAGCUAUAUCAGGACUUGCAGUUGUUCUCGCCUGCUUUCUUCCAGAGACUCUACACAGUAGGGACCAACCAGAGCUUCCCGAUGACAGACUGGAGGAUGAGGUGGAUGACCUGGCCGAAAGAACCUCUAUGUCCUCGGGUAAAGGCCAUGGCCAUGGUUUCAAGGACCAGAUUCAUCGCCUUAGAGAGACUUUGCACUUCUUGAAGAAAGAUCUCAGCCUCACACUGGUCGUCUUUACCUUCCUCGUCAAUCGCUUAGCACGGCAAUCCCAAGAUCUCGUGAUCCGGUAUGCUUCAAAGCGGUAUGGGUGGACUAUACGACAGGCUUCGUUACUGAAUUCCCUUCGCGCGAGCUUCAAUUUGUUGACUUUGGUCGUUCUUCUUCCUGGUAUCAGCAUGCUGCUACUCAAAUGGAUAAAGUUGGCUCCGCAGCGGGGUGAUCUGUGGAUAUCGCGUGGCAGCAUCGCGUUUACUGUACUUUCUUUCUUGAUCAUGGGCUUCUCCUUCACUCCAGCCAUCUUAAUCUGGGGCUUAAUCUUCUAUACCUUCGGAUCCGGCUUCAGCAUGGCCAUGCGAUCCAUCGCUGUUUUCAUGGUCGGCGGACAGGCGAGCAAAGACAUAGGCCGUCUCUUCGCCGUUGUCGCCAUCCUUGAAAGCUGUGGCUUGCUCAUCUCUGGUCCUCUCAUCGCCCAAUUCUUCAGGUGGGGAAUGAAGCUUGGGAAUGCCUGGUUGGGGAUGCCCUUCCUCCUUUCAGCAGCCCUGUUCCUGCCUGUCUUGGUCAUUACGUACUGUAUCUCUUUGCGCGAUAUAUCCGCUGUGCCUCAUGCCGUUCACGGCGAUCAAGCUGAUGCAAAUCUGCCGCCGUAUACUGAUGAGGAGUGACCAUCUUAGCGAGCGUUACUAUCUCAAGUGUUCCUGUUGCUCCAAUUUGGACGUCCCCUAUAGUCAUAUUUCAAAUUUCACGAUCUCCUUUAGUUUGACAUCAUGGGACAGAUACAUUAUACCGGAGUUCAUGGAGGCAAGCGCUGUUUUGAAUAUCUGGCCACUCGAAGCCGUCAUUUCAUUGCGUCCCAGCAUCAUAGAGAAUGUCUAGAGUAGAAACAUAGAGGGAGUCAUAUGAGUCCAUUGAACCAAAGUUUUCAUCUUGUAUCCUUC